AUGUGGUGCAGUGCAUCCGCGUAUCUUUCUUACUUUUUUGCUGAUUGUAUGAUGUCUCGAUGGCUUUUGAACUAUACCCCACCAGCUGUUGUUAUUCGUCUCCUUACUACAAACGGUUUGAUUGCUUAUAUCACUUCUUGGGUCCUUUACCUCUCUGGAGCUUCGUCCGACCCCCGUCUUCUUUUACCAGCCUGGAUAUCCAUUACCACUAACCAUGCUACAAUCAAGCGUGAAACUGCAGCUGCGCUUCUCGUUGUGGCCGUGGCCAGUUUCGUCAGCAUGUCAUCGCUUCUCCUCCAGUUGCAUCUGACCCGUGAAAAUGAGCCCGAAGUGCCCGUGUUUGUCAUUACUCGCAAGCUUUGGGACUGGGCUGUGGCUAUCUUCCUUCGUAUGCGAGUGUCAGACGAGCGAGCUGCAGUCGGCGAAUUAGUAAGAGGAAAGAUUGAACCGAAAAGUAUUUCACCAUAA